UUCAAAGUAGUUAAAAUAUAUAAUUGAUUGUCACUAAAAUUAGUUUUGAGAAUAAUUAGUAGAUGGGGAUGAAGAAGAGUUAUUUGGCAAUGAAGAGAGAAGCAUCAGUAGGCAGUGAUCUGAUUGAUUCAGAUUUGAAGGAAAUUGGGAUUGCUGCUAAGAAGUUAGCUAAUCAUGUUAUUAUGCUUGGUGGAAUCGGUUUUGGCACUUCUUUUCUCAAAUGGAUUGCUUCUUUUGCUGCUAUUUACUUGUUGAUCUUGGAUCGAACAAACUGGAGGAGCAACAUGCUCACAACUCUCCUAAUUCCAUACAUUUUCUUGAGUUUCCCUUCAUUACUCUUUGGUUUGUUCAGGGGAGAUUUCGGAAAAUGGCUAUCUUUGAUUGCUGUUAUAACACGCCUCUUUUUCCCAAAACACUUUCCAGAUUGGCUUGAAGCACCAGCAGCAUUGGUCCUUCUGAUGGUAGUAUCUCCAAGUUUUUUCGCCGACACCAUAAGGGACAUGUGGAUCGGUACGUUCAUUUGCCUUGUAAUUGGAUGCUAUCUGUUGCAAGAACACAUUAGAGCAUCUGGUGGAUUCAGAAAUUCCUUCACUAAAGCUAAUGGAAUUUCAAACACUAUAGGAAUCAUCCUUCUUCUGGUAUAUCCAGUCUGGGCAUUGAUUCUCCACUUUCUAUAAACAACAAAAUUCGAUAUAUCAUGAUUGCAAUUUGUUUGGAGAAGAUUUCAGUGUGAUUGUUUUUCUACAAUAUAGAUUUGUCUGGUAAUUUUGUGAAAGAUUGCUUGUUUGUUAUGUGAAUAUAAUUUCUUUAUGUAC